AUGGGUGGCUUCUCCCUUUUCAUAAUCCAUUCCUCGGGCUCUUUUCGCAUAUCAAGUGACUUGAUCACCAUGAUCGAGGUCAACGUCUUACCGAAGAGUCUCUCUUGCUCCCCACAAGUAUCACUCGGUAUCGGAGAGCUCUUCUCGGUAAAAAACAGGGUCAUUAUCGUCACGGGAGGUGGUUCUGGCCUUGGAAAGUCCAUAGCUCGGGGCUUUGCACUUAACGGCUCCCGCGUCUACAUCGUUGGCCGUCGUUUAGAGACUCUUCAAACGGCUGCCAGCGAGAUUGGUGGCGAUAUCCAUGUUCUUCAGGGGGACGUGGGGACCAAGGCCGGCUGCGAGAGAGUGGCCGAGCAGAUCAAGGCCCGCGAAUCCCACGUUGACACUCUCGUCAACUGCGCUGGGCUGAUGACCCUUUGGAAAGUCUUUGCCAAAGAUAACGACGAUGGUGAGUUCUCUGAUUUUGAUCGCUCGAAUCACGUCAAUGUUAACGGGGUUUACUUUAUGACGACCUGUUUUGUUCCAUUGCUACGCAAAGCCGCCGAUCCAAACGUCUUGGUCAUCUCGUCUCUGGCCGCGUUGACAAACCAAAGGUCUGUGACAUCAGUAGCUUAUGAUCUCGCCAAGGCUGCCGAAACCAAACUUGCCCUGUUGCUUUCAGCUCGCCUUCGUCCGAUGAAGAUCCGCGUGAACACAAUUUGCCCCGGAAUAUUUCCCUCGGAGAUGACGACGACGACGACGCCGACAGACGGGAACAAACCACCAAGUGCUGCCGCCGUCACAGAUCAGACCGGCUGGGGAUUGCAUCCCAUAGCGCAAAAGACGACAUUACGAUCAACUACCGGUCGCCCGGGCCGUCCUGAGGAGAUUGUAGGGCCAGUUCUGAUGCUCUCGAGCGCAGCGGGUGCUUACAUGAACGGCGCUCUGCUCGUCGUUGAUGGCGGCCUUCUUGUGAACGCCUUGAGCUAG